AUGGUGUUUGAGGACACUAACAACGAUAGUGAUCCUCUAAUAUUCAUUUCACCUCCGGAUGCAGCAGUCGAAACCGAUGAAGAUUCAGCUAACGAAGAUGAUGGCGGACUUAUAGAUAAUUUGUCAAGGAGGCAGUUAUCAGCCGUAGCUGAAAUUAGAUGGAACGGUAAAGAUGAUAACGAGAUCGGCAAUCAGCGAACACAAGAACCUGAAAUACCCGAGAAAAAAAAUCCAACUCCAAAGAAACGAAAAUCUAAAAUUAGGAAGAAAUGUCACGAUGAUAGCGAGAUCGAUAGUCAUCCAACAGAAGUCCUUACUAGACUGGAGAAAACAAAAUCACCUCCAAAAAAAAGAAAAUCUAAAGGUCGCACCAAAACAACUUGGAUUGAUGGUAACAUUACCAUGCAAAAAGAUUUUCCUAUUCCCGAUUACAGUGCAUUUCAAGAUAAGUCGCCUGUGGAUCUUUUUGAAUUAAUGCUAAGUGAAGAUAUUCUACUGCUUAUUCUAGAAGAAUCCAAAAAAUAUGCAUUGUUUUUGAACUUACCAGACCCGAAAAUAUCUAUGAGUGAGUUAAAAUGCUUUAUUGGAAUUCUAAUUGCCACAGGAUACAACAUCCUACCAGGAAAGGACUUCUAUUGGGACAGCGGAGAUGACAUGGGUAACCAGAUGAUCAAAAAUGCUUGUAGACGUGAUAGGUUUCGUCAAAUUAUGAGAUUUCUCCACCUUGCAGACAAUACCCAAAUGAAUCCCAAUGACAAAUUGUGGAAGUUACGUCCACUUAUAGAUAGACUUCAAAGAAAUUUUUUAAAAUAUUAUAAGCCUACUCAACAUAUGAACUAUGAUGAGUCUAUGGUGAAAUAUUACGGUCGUCAUAGUUGUAAGCAGUUUAUCCGUGGAAAGCCGAUACGUUUUGGCUACAAAGUAUGGUGUUUAAAUUCCGAAAAUGGCUAUCUAAUAAAUUUUGACAUUUACCAAGGUGCAAGCCCAAACUCUAAUGAAUACUAUGAUCAAGAAUUUGGAAAAGCAACGGCACCUCUUGUGAUAAUGUUAGAUGGUUUACCGCAGAAGCAGUUGCCUUAUCAAAUUUAUGUUGAUAAUUUAUUUACAAGUUUUAAAUUAUUGACUCAUUUGGGAGAACGGGGUUAUGGAACCACUGGAACGAUAAGAGAAAAUCGUGUUCCAUCGGACUGUCCACUUACAAAUAAAAACUCUAUGUCAAAAAAGAAAAGAGGAGAAUACGAAGGAAAAAUAUCGAAGGAGGAGGGUAUCAUUGAUGGUUCGAUGGGUGGAUAA